CACACACUCACAUAUUUCAUAUCUCCAACUUGGUUUUCACAAACUUCUGGAAAAGAAGUCUUUGGCACUGACAUAAGUCCCGAUCUUCUUUCGUAAUCAAACUCAAAAAUGGCGAAAGCUUUUCUUGUUGUUCUCAAACUUUUAAUGGUCUUACUAGCCCUCGGGUGGGUAUCUAUUUGGGUUCUGAAACCGACACAAAUAUGGACACGAACAUGGAAGGAAGCUGAAGAUGCUGCAAGAACUUCAGUUUUCGGUUCUAAUGGUCUUGAUUUCAUUGUUUUGUCAUUGCCUAUUAUCGUCUCUGUGAUGAUUGGAUUUGUGUACAUGCAUUUCAAACCAAAGGAACGAAGACAGAGAAGACAAGGGAGGAGUUUCAUCACGGCUUUAUCGAAUCCAAUUAUCGUCAAUGGUUUUGUGGGUGUUUUGUCUGCCAUGGAAGCCCUUGUGAUGUCCCUUUUCGUCAUCUUUCUCGUGUGGACGUUUUACAUACGCAUCUCUAAUGACUUCAACAAGAUGAUGCCAGUCAAAUCACUCAAAUUAAACAUGUGGCAAUAUAAGACAUUUAGGAUAGCAACACGGUUUGGAUUGCUAGCAGAAGCCUGUCUAGGGUUGCUUCUAUUCCCGAUCAUGAGGGCGAUGACGGUAUUUCGCUUAUUCGGUAUCCAAUUUGAAGCAUCGGUUCGAUAUCAUAUCUGGCUCGGGACCAUGAUGCUAUCAUUCUCCACUCUACAUGGUGUUGGGACUUUAUUCAUUUGGGGCAUCAAACAUCAGAUUCAAGACGAGAUAUGGAAAUGGCAGAAAACGGGAAGAAUAUACCUCGCUGGCGAAAUUGCACUUAUCGUGGGAUUAGUGAUUGGGAUCACAUCACUUCCACAAAUUAGAAGAAAAAGAUUUGAAAUAUUUUACUACACACACCACUUGUACAUCAUCUUCAUCAUAUUCUUCUUGUUUCACACGGGUGAUCGUCACUUCUACAUGGUGUUUCCUGCAAUUUUUCUUUUUGCCAUUGAAAGGUUGCUCCGAAUAAUACAAUCAAGGCCACAAACAUGCAUUCUUUCCGCAAGAAUUUUCCCUUUCAAGGCCAUUGAAGUUAUACUUCCAAAAGAACCAAGCUUGAAGUACACCCCCACAAGCAUAAUCUUUAUCAAGGUUCCAAGAAUUUCGAAAUUUCAAUGGCAUUCAUUUAGUAUAGCUUCAAGCUCAAGCGUUGAUGAUGAUACGAUGUCGGUUAUCAUAAAAUGUGAUGGGUCGUGGACAAAUUCUCUUUAUGACAUGAUCCAAGGAAUGCCCGUUUCGGGUCUUAAUCAAAAAGUGGAAACAUGCAUUCCGGUUUCUGUUGAAGGACCAUAUGGACCCACAUCAACGGACUUCUUAAGUAAAUACGAUAGUUUGCUUUUGGUGGCCGGAGGAAUAGGGGUGACUCCAUUUUUGAGCAUAUUGCAAGAAAUUUCUUCCGCUCAAAAUCAUGGGAAAAAGAAUUACCCGACAAAUAUACAACUCGUGUACAUCACGAAGAAACGCAAUAGCAUCGGCAUGCUCAAUUCAAUUCUACCUCUUCUCUCAAACAAAAAUACCAAAGAGUUUCGUUUGAAAUUAAAAGUAUUUGUUACCCAAGAACCGAAAUCCAGCACAACACUUAGCGAAUUAAUAAACGAGUUUUCUCAAGUGGAAACAGUCGAUUUUGACACCGGGCGUAUAAGUUAUUCUCCAAAUGGAUACGGGAGUUCACUCUUUAUGGCUACUAUUAUCGGAUUAUCAUCUAUUUUAUUUUUAGUUUUUUUAAUCAUUUUGAGCCAUGUUUUUUUGCCUCAACCUAAAAAACCUUCUUCCAAAGAGAAAACCCAAACCCCCUCAUCAUUUGUGGAUCUUGUUCUCACAUGCUCGUUUAUUCUAUCCAUCCUCAUUGUAACAACUAUGUCGUUAGUUUUGAAAUUGAAACAUCUAAAGAAACAACCUCUAUUGAUGGGGAUUAACCAUGAGGGAAAAGAAAUGCAACCAAAUUCCUUUCAAUCAAGAAAUCUUGAUGAUCAUGAACUACAUUUUGGAGCAAGACCCGAGUUCCAAGAAAUAUUUUCGAAAUUCCCAAAUGAAACGGGCGGGUCCCACGUAGGGGUGUUGGUAUGUGGACCGGAAGCAAUGAAGGAAUCAGUAGCUUCGUUUUGUCAAUUAAGUUCUCAAGGUUUAAUUGUUGGUGCUCUAAGAAAGAAGACAUAUUUCAAUUUUCACUCCCUCAACUUUAGUCUUUAGGAAGAAAGAAAAUAACCUAUUUAUAUAUAGCUGAAUAAUGUGUAUAUUUGAAGUUAUAUUUGUUUUGUGUUAUUGUUUUUGUCUUAAUUAACUUUACUUUAAGUGUA